CCAUCGUCGAUCGGGGGAUCCGCUGACGAUUCGAUGCCUUAGGGCCUAGUUUAAUGCCCGGGAUAGGGGCCAAUUCUAUCAAUAUCCUGACUGAAGAGAGCUCCAUACAAAUGUCCAGUCGGGUCCUCUAAUCUACCUAAUAUUUACGACUUUUGGAGCAUAUGGCUCUUAAUUGGCCAAGCAGGUUUGGUAUAGGAAAGUCGUUUCCAUACAUCUACUUGAAUAAUAAGCGCCUUGGGACGCCCGGCAUGGAGAAAGCAAUGGCCAUCACCUCUGAUCCCUUCAAAGUCAAACAUGAAAAGGGGGGCGGAAAGGGGAAAAAAGAAAAGAAAAAAAAGAAAAAAGAAAAAAGGGAAAAAAAAAAAAAAAAGGGAACGAGGAAAACCACCAAUAAUCGAAGUGAUUUAAGGGGCGAAAGUUCCAAUUGCACGUAUCACCCGGUGUGGCAAAUAACCUGUUCAUGUCGCAGGCAGCCAGCGUUACAGGUAUAGGUACCUAAACGCGAUCUAGCGAUGCAAAAAUAGAAAGGGGCGGCGCGGCUUGAUGGGGCAAUAGGCCUGUCCACCAGGGGAAUGGUUGAGAACGUCUCGGCAUGAAUCCCCUGCUGCUUACUGCAA